AUGGAAGGUCCUGCACCAACAGCGGAAGUUGUCAACCCACUUGUAUUAGUUGAUAGUACAGACGCCGACUCGGCUCUAGGCGACGAUGACGCUGCAAGCGACACAACGUCCAUUGCGUCAACCAUACAUAAAGGUCGUUUCGAAAACGGCCGCCGUUACCACAAGUACCGUGAGGGCGAAAAUGAUUACUGGGGUCCCAACGAUGAAAUCCAGAACGAUCAACUCGACAUCGCGCACCACAUGUUUCUAAUCAUGCUGAACCAGAAGCUGCAUCUGGCACCUGUCAAAGAGCCAAGGAAGGUGUUGGAUCUGGGAUGCGGAACAGGGAUAUGGUGUAUGGACAUGGCCGACGAAUACCCCGGCGCCGAAAUCCUCGGCGUAGACCUCUCCCCCAUCCAACCGCAAUUCACACCUCCCAACUGCAAAUUCGAAAUCGACGACGUCACCCUCCCAUGGACAUACACCCAGCCCUUCGACUUCAUCAACAUCCGCUCCUUAUACGGCUCUAUCGGCGACUGGCCAGCACUGUAUGCACAAGUCUACAACAACCUCGAGCCGGGCGGCUACCUCCACGAAAUGGAAAUGAGCAUCCAGUUCAAAUCCGACGAUGGCACGUUGACCAAAGAACACGUCUUGUCUCAGUGGAGCGAUCUCUUCCAUGAAGCGUCCGAGCGAUUCGGGAAAUCUUUCUACGAGGUUUGGAAUUUGUCAACGUAUAUUCGUAAUGCGGGUUUCAAGGAUGUCGAAGAGCGGGUGUACAAGGUUCCGGUCAAUGGGUGGCCAGCUGAUCCGCAUAUGAAAGAGUUGGGUAGGUGGAAUUUGUUGCACAUUACACAAGGAGCGGAGGGCUGGGGACUGUAUCUGCUGACGAAAGUCAUGGGAUGGUCGGUCGAAGAGGCUCAAAUAUUCUUUGCUAAGUUCAGAUCGGGGGUGAAGGAGAGGAAGGUGCAUGCGUACUUUGAAGUCGUGGUGAUUCAUGCGAGAAAACCUUGA